UUUAUAUUGGAACAGAUGACUGUUUCCUUUGGCUCCAUCUUUGAUCCACAUUCUUUGAAGCUAUUGCGAAUGCCUCGAGGACCAAGGGACCGUUGCAAUCCCAUUUCAGGAAGGAAACCUCGACCUGUCUCCCAGCUGGUCGCACAGCAGGUUACUCAACAGUUUGUGCCCCCUACCCAGUCAAAGAAAGAGAAGAAAGAUAAAGUAGAAAAGGAAAAAAGUGAAAAGGAAGCAACUAGCAAAAAGAACUGUCAUAAAAAAACCAGACCAAGAUUAAAAAAUGUGGAUCGGAGUAGCGCUCAGCAUUUGGAAGUCACUGUUGGAGAUCUAACAGUCAUUAUUACAGACUUUAAGGAGAAAGCAAAGUCAGCGCCAGCAUCCAGUGCUGCUGCUGGGGAUCAGCACAGCCAGAGCAGCUGCAGCUCAGACAACACGGAGCGGGGCGUGUCCAGGUCCUCCUCGCCUCGAGGAGAAGCCUCAUCCCUGAACGGAGAGUCUCACUAAACAUUCUCGCUCCACUUAGUCAUACCUGUCCUCCAUGGAAAUACAGAUUAUGCCAAGAACUACCACAUUUUCAUGACAGACACAUUCAUACAUAACCUAUAAUUUGAGUUUUACAUGAACUAUGAAUUUGCCUGGAUUUAUUAGAUCUUAUCGCAGUGUAAGCUACCAAACGUUUCCAGACGUAACAUUUUGGUCUCUGCUGUUAAUGCCAUGAAAAUGUGGUUGACUUAUUCAUUAUGCAGUGUUAUUGGUAAGUCUAUUUUCACUUAUAGUUUAGUGAAUUCUAACACAUAAUUAUUGAAUUCUCUACUAUUGGCAUGUGAUGAGUUUAAAUUUUUUAUUACAUAGUGCAAGCUGCCUAAAUAUGUAUUAUUUGAGAAUUGUGAAACAAAUAGUUAUAUGUAUGCAAGUCAGAGAUCAACUUAAUCAACUAUUGCUGCAACAGGAUUUUCUUAAUGGUUAUCCUCUUAAUGCACCUGCUGGUACUUGGUGUGGUUAAAUAGGAAAGUUGUUAUUAAAUAAAGAAUUUGUAUGAAACUUCGCCAAUGUUUUUGACAUGUUUUUACUAAAUUAUUGUUUCUGAGUUAUGUUCUAUCCAUUUUGCAAUUUAUGUUUGUUAGUUUGCUUAUUUUUCAAAGCAUCAAUUUAUUGUAAUGUUUACUAGCAGAAUUGUAAACAAUAAAACAUGGAUUGUUUAGCUUUCUAAUUCAGGUUUAGUGCUAUUGUCAUUGAACACUGGUUUUCCCUGUAUUCUCUAAGACAUUAACGUUAAAGAAGGAUAAGCAUCUGGCAGAAACAGAAAAGAAUUUGCCAUCCAUGGCAAAGCUGUAACUUAAUGAUAGUGUAUCACUGUUUCCUUGUUCCAAACCUAUCCAGGGUCAUAGACAUGUGAACCUAAUUAGCAUAACCAUGGUGACUAUUGCACAGAGCUGAGAGGUUAAUCUUAAAUCAGUUUCAUUGGCCUUUUACCAAAUACAGUAAUUGGGAUGAAAACCAGAUACAGCCUUCAAUUUAUGCAUUUAUCAAUAUCGUGAAAUAAAAGUAUUCGAAGCCCCACUCACUUAUGUACAAUUACCAAUAAAAUAUUUUUAUGACUUCAGAUUUUGCAUUCUGUUUACAACUAAAUGAAGUGCGUUAUGUUGUAUUUGAAAAAUCCAUCUUAGAAACCACAUGCUACAUCUUAAAUUCUACUAAAUCUCCUGUUUUCUCCAGCCAUUUGCUUAAUAUACAUCUACCUAUAGGGGACUUCUGAAAUGUAAAUCAGCCUAAAGACAAAACCCAAGUUGAAUAUAAACUAUCACAUAAAAGAUGCCAUGAUAACAUAGAAGGAAAAAUAAAACUGUGGACCCUGAAA